CGAGGCUCGUGGCAGGUUUUGGCAGGCCUUGUCCUGCCAUCAGGUUUCAGCAGGUUUCCCGCGCACGUGUCAUCUUCCCCGCUGUCAUUGAAAACCCGCCGAACAUCGAUGGCAACUGUGCCCCUGGAGUUCUUUCAGCUGUAUUGAUGACGGAUUCGAUUGCGGGCGCAAUUGGGGCGGCGAGAUGGUCUAACCCGCAUGCGGCUCGCACGAGACAUCAUCGAUAGCGACGCGCUCCUUCCAGCAUCGACACGCUGCGGCCUGAUGUCCUGGCCUUUGUGGUCGAGGGCGACCUGAUGAUCAUUGAAUCCAUUGCCACUUCGGGCGCAAGCCACUUCAGCUCGAGCCAGGUCGGGUCACGCGACGCUAUCCAGACAGGGAGGCUCUUUGCCGGUGGGCGGCGCGGUGCUUUGCGCCGCCUCGCGAGAGAACCAGAUGGCACCUGAGAGGCCAUCGCGCCCGACGAAGCGGGCGAUGCGCGAGGAGACGUGCACGGAGACACCGCCAGGUGGGCCGAGUGGUCUCUUGGUGGAGCGCGGGGGGGAGCCGUACGCAUCGUACGCGAGCUUCAUCGCGGAAGUCCUGAAGCAGGUGCACGCCACCCCUAACUUGCGCAUAUCCAAGAAGGCCAUGGGUAUCUUGGAGUUGUGCGUGGAGGACUCCUUCGAGCGCAUCGCGGAAGCAGCGGCGCAUCUCCACCGCACGGCGAAUGGCGAGGCCAUGACGGCGCAGCACAUUGAGGGUGCUGUGAGGCUCCUCUUGCCCAGGGAGCUCGCUAAGCACGCAGUGGACGAGGGGACCAAGGCUCUAGGCCUGUAACCAAGGCUGUGAUCAAGUACCGUGGAUUCAAUAAGGACCUCCGCCGCUUGAAGCCGAAUGCUCGCGGCAGGAAGCCGUGCUUCAAGAAGCCGAGCGCCGCCUGAGCCGGCACAGGGCUAGUCUGCGACAUCGGUCAGGAAUGAAGGGGGGUG